GACUAGUGUAGAAUUGUCAAAUCAAAGCGUGUUGUAUCAAAACAAAGUGAUGGAUACGUGAAAACUAAUGUGAACCGUAAAGAUGGAAACGUUAAAAUCAUUCUCGUUAACGAAGACCUUCAAAAAGAAGGUUUUCAUGUACUUGUUACACCGUUACUUGGGGCAAUUCAUCGAGGAGAAGCUGCGUUUGGACCAAUUAGAAUUGCAUUUGGAUAUGCAUAAUGGAAUAGGAACUGUAGAGUACGUCAGCCUUGACGUUCAACAAAUUAAUAAUUUGGGUGAAGCCCAAAAUUGGCCUAUGGAAAUAGUCGAUGGGUAUAUUGAAAAAAUCACUGUAACCGUGCCAUGGUCUUCUAUAUUAAAAGAACCCACAAUUGUUGUGAUAAACGGACUGAAAUUAACUGUUCAACCCAAACAACGAACUGAUUAUGCAACUUCAAUGUUUGAAUCUAUGUGGAGUUCUAUGUCUAGUUCAAGGCAAUUGGCGCAGGAAUGUAUGCAAGAAUCGCCCAAUUUAGCUAAUAAUAAAACGUUGGACGGUAUAGAAAAUUUUGCACAAACAAUAGAUUCAAUUCUUAGCCGUGUUAAAGUGACAUUUAUUGAUACGGUUAUUCAAAUUGAACAUGUUCCUAAACAUAGCAUAUCAGGAGUUGGAAUACAAAUAAAAAUAGAUCAUAUAAGAUUAUAUGAUGAAGCCGGAAAUGAUCCGCCAACUGGAGAAACUCCUGAUGCUAACGUGAAAGAACAAAGUAAAGCAUAUGUUGAUUCGCUGGUAACGUGCAAAAAUUUCAUUUUAACUGGAGUCUCAUUUCACACAAUCGAAUUUCCUACAAAAGCUCGAACGUUUUCAAAGUCAGUGCGAGAACGAUCUCCAUGCAAACACUGCCAAGCUUCGGAUUUAACCGAAUCUGACGAAGAUGAAAGGUGCAAUUGUUCGCUGGAAGAUCAAGAAGAAACCGGCCGAAAAGUUAAUACGGAUCGACACGUUAUCAUGUUUGCUAAAUUAAAUGGUGUACAAGAGAUUAGAGUAAGAAUCAAACAGCCUGAACUAGUUGUUGGACCGAAAGUUUCGAUAGAAGCUAUGUUUGGAACGUUUACGGUAUUUAUGUCGCCAAGACAAUUAUUUGUUUUAGUGGAAUUAGUGAAUGGUUUGACGAGCCCAGAUUUAGAAGACACUAGUAAUCUUCCCCCAAAACAUAAAUGUACCGAAAAACCUAUGACAUCAGCGGAUUUCGAAAGGAUAGAGCAAGAAUUACAAAAUCAAAUACAUCCCUUGAAUAUUAAUCAAGGAAAAGGUCUUCAAGGUCCUGGGCAUGGGUGGUCAGCAAGUCCCCAAGAUGAUGACGAUAGCAUUUUCUUUCCUUUAAGAGGAAAAACUAACACAAGUAUGUUUGAUAGCACCACCUCAAAUGCAAGUAGUAGUAUGGAAUCAAGUUUAACAUCAAGUCUUACCAGUAGUGCAAGUGAAAUUUCAUCAGCUAGAAGAAGAAAAUCUCAUAAUAUUGAAGCAGAUCCAACUGCUGAAAUAUCGCAUUUUCAAAUAAGAGUAGCUUCAAUUUCCGUCUUGUUAUUACACGAAGAUAUCUUAGCUGUUUCUCCAGAUAAUUUAAGAAUCAUACCUGCUAGUGUUGUUCAGAUGCAAAAUAUCUCAAAAACGUUUUUUGCUGAACAUCCUUAUCAAAAUGGCUAUGGAGCUAAAGACUUAGAUAAAGUUAGUAAAGAAUACGAUGAGAAAUUACCCAAUAUGAAUCAUUUAAGAUUAUUAGCCGCUCCUGUUCAUAUAGAAGCAAAAGAAACAACAACAAACACAGCAUUUUCCGUAAACGGAAAAUUAACAAUGGCUAAAGUAGAACUGAUUGAAAGUGUAACGAACGGCCAAGAAAAGUUAAACAUUGUAAGGUUGUUGAGCUUUCAUUCCGGAAAUCCACUCGAAAGUCCAACCAAUUCAAAGCCCCAAUUAUCUUUGAAUUUCAAACACAUUGAAAAGACUGGAAAACCUGGCAAUUUACAUUUAUCAGCUCCAAAGACUGAAAUAGAGAUAGCUUUAGAUACAUGUUCUAUAGAAUUAGAUAUCACAUUAAUUGAUCGAUUAAGGGCACUCUUAGAUCCAACUCCCGUUUGUGUAAUUGAUAAAGAAGGUAAAGAUAUAUGGAGGAUUCCAUCAACGACAAGUUUAAUUAGUCAUUCUGAAUCUAAGUUGGAUAUAAAAAUGUCGUCGCCAUCAAUUUCAGUAAAGUUACGCUUUCCUAUACCAGAUUUAAGAGCACAUAGUGAUCCAAAUCGCGUUCCAUGGUAUAAAAGAAACGUUAGACUCGAUUAUUUAACACUUCAAAUAAGUGACGCAACGCUUUUCACAUCGAUACAAACCUCCCAAAUAUUUCAAAAGUACACAUUAGAUUUCCGAGUUUUAGAUAUUCUUUAUCAUGAGAAUGAAUUGGUUAGUCCUUUGGCCGUAGCGCGUGUUGAAAGCGAUCAAAAAUUAAUGGAAUCGCUUGGAUAUAACGGGAUAACGGCGUUUCCGCAGUUAAUUUUAAAAAUAAAUCCGAUUAAAAAUUCUGAUAUUGAACUUCAUCAUAUUCCCGAAGCCGAAUUUGACACGAUGUGUCAAUCGAUUUAUGGGAAUCUUAUGGGUGAACAUAAGAAAGAACCAAGUCCUUUCAGUUCUAAAAGGGAAAUUCACGAGAGUGAUAAUCCGCAUAUGAAAACUCAAGCUGAGACACCGGGCGAUAAGCAAGAAAUGGAAGAUUUCGUAAAUAAUACUUUAUCGAAUUCUUUAAUUGAGUUAGAAAUGCAUCUUCCUGUUGUUUCGUUACAAUUACUUACUAAACAUAUUUAUGAAGUUAUUUAUAAUCGUAUAAAUAGUGAUUUAUUGUUAUGGGAACCAUCUGCUCCUAGAAAUUGUAACACUUACACCAACGACAAUAUAAUACCAAAUUUUACCACUCAUGAAACUGAUACAUUUGGAAUGUGCAAAAGCAACAUAAAUUAUGGUUCGGAAUCGGAAAGUGACGAAGAAAGCGACCCGACUCAAAUUUAUUAUUCAGCUUAUGAACGUUCGAUGCGAACACCACGUCAAACUUGUAAAGAUGUGGUUAGACAAUCGCAAUUUGCUUUAAAUUUACACAUAAAAUUGGGAUUAGUCGGUAUGAAUACUCCAGUGAGAGAUCUUCAUUCGAACGUGAUUCCAAACCAACAGGGUGAAUUUGUCUUUCAAUUACACGACAUGACGAUUUUUAACGUUAGCGGCUACAAUGGUGACAAUAAUUUAGGAUACGUUUGUGCAACUGCAAGAAAAGCUGAAAUGUAUCACUGUGAUAUGAGAUCUAUUCCAAGUCAAUCACCAGCUCUUUUGGAAAUCGAUUCGAUUUUAGGAAAGCAUUUGUACCCAACUAUUUAUAAAAGUGACAAUGGUGUUCAACAGGAGUGUACAAAUCGCGGUGGAAAACGGGAUAUGUUGUCUGUUGCUGUUAAGGUUCAGGCGAAUCAUGAAACACAUCAAGUAAAGACAAUUACGGUAGCUAUAGGAAUCGAUAAAGCAACAUUAAAGCACCGAAUGUGCCUAGAACCAAACACUUGGAUAACACAAUUAAUAGAUUUCUUCAAUGUUAUCGACUAUACAAUAACCGGUUAUAACGCGAAAGAGGUUUUAACGGAGUUGCAUUUACAUUUAUGGGAUUGUGCAAUCGAUUACAGACCAAAAUUUUUACCAUUGCGUUCUGUAAUAACCCUAGGAAGUUUUAGUUUAUCUUGCCAUUUAGCAGCGCAAUCAUGUUCUUCGACCCUUCGUUUCUUAGCUGAAGACUGCGGUUUAUUUUUAAGUGAAAAAGCGCCCCCGCGUAAUGGAAAACCUUCGGAAGCGGCAAUCGAUUUGCGUCGCGAUUACGUGAACGUUGUGCAAUUGGGGCUUUUCGAAAUUAGCUUAAAACUUCAUGACGAAAAAAGCGGAAUUUUUCCUUUGGUGGAUUUAAGGGCGGCUAAUAAUAUAUUACAUAUACGAACAUGUGCGGAUAGCGGCCGGGCUUUAAUGCAAUUAAUCACAUAUCUCGCUGCUUAUGGAGAUACGGUUAAAAACGACGAUACCUUAAUACCUUGCAGCAGUCCUAGUCACCAACCAGAACCUCAAUUGGUCCCUAUUGAACCUACUAUUAUCAGCAAACUUUCUGAUAGUCAACAUGAACAAAUCAAUAAGGAGAUUUGCGAAGCUAUGGAGGAUGUUGAUGAACGAUUAGAACAACAAAACAUAUCAGAUGUUCAAGGAACCGGGGCAAAAUUAUUCUUUUUUCCUGAUGAAAAGAACCGAACAACACUCGACUCGAACUUCACGCUCGUCAAAUCCGAAAAAGGUGACGUAAUACCUCUUAGAACAAAUUUGAGCAGUGAUACUGAUGACGAAUUUUGUUUCAUCGACUUAGUAGGUACCAGUAACACGUCAAAUUACUCCGCACCGGAAAUUAAUUGGAAAACGGAAGUUCCGGUUCGUUUAGUCGACCGGCAUUUCAACAAACCAGGAAAAAUCGACUUUUUAAAGACACCAAAUAGUUAUCCCCAACCAGUAACUAGAUACACCUUACGAGAAUUGACUCUAACUUGGGAUAUGUAUGGAGGAAAUGAUUUUAAAAUUAACGAAAAAGAAGUUCAAAAGAAAACCGUUAAUUUUGCCGACACCGCAACCGUUAAUUUUUCAAACACACCAGCUGGAGAGGUUGUAUUUACCAAAGCGGAAAACAAAAAGAAACAAAAAGUUGGAUGGCCAUUAUGCGGUGGAGUAAAUCGAGAUCAAAACGUUUUAAUGCAGCUUCAUUUAAAUAAGGUUCGUUUCCAACAUGAUUUAUACCCUGAUCACACAACACAAGCAUCCCGCCAAGUACUUUUAAUAACUGAAAUUGAGGUUAAAGAUAAAUUGGCCUGUAGUGAAAUCAAUAAAUUUUUGUAUGAAUAUAGUACAGAAGAGAAUCCAAAAAGAAGCCAUUCUCAUAUGCUUUCCGUGAAAGCGAUUCACACAAGACCAGAUCCCGCGUUCAAAACUGAAGAGUGUGAAUUAAAAAUUUCAAUGCUUCCGCUUCGGUUAAACAUCGAUCAAGAUUCGUUUUUAUUUCUCGUUAAUUUCUUUUCGGAAAUGACCAGUUUGCCGGAAGAUAGCGUUGAAAUUCAGAUUCCCUCGAAACAUUCGACUCCAACCCAUCAACCACCAGUUAUUUCAAAAUCGCGUAAUGAUCAAAAAACCAGUGAAACCAGCGAUAUUAAUGAGCAAGAUCAGGAUUUGUUGAGUUUAAACGAAGAGAAUCCCGCGAAGGAAGAAUCAUUAACUACAAAUGUCGUACCAGAUGAUUGCAUUCAAGAUUCAUCUCCGAUUUUCUUUAAAAGCGUUAUGUUUUCCCCGGAGGUUUCCAUUCGUAUCGAUUAUCAUGGUAAAAGGGUUGAUAUGAGUCAUGGGCCUUUGCCUGGGCUUCUUAUGGGAAUAGGACAUUUAAAUUGUUCUAUAAUAAAACUAAAAGAAUUAAUUAAUUCGCGUGGUAUUUUGGGGAUGGAUAAUUUAUUCCAGUUUCUUUGGUCAAAAUGGUUAGAAGAUAUUAAAAAGAAUCAAAUUCCGGGUGUUUUGGGUGGAAUCGGUCCUAUGCAUGCUUUACUUCAACUGGUCCAGGGAAUUUGGGAUUUAUUUUGGAUGCCAAUUGAACAAUAUCAAAAAGACGGCCGAAUCGUUCGUGGUAUUCAAAGAGGUGCAAAUAGUUUUACUAAAUCUACUCUUGUUGCUACUUUAGAAUUGGCUUCCAGAAUUAUACAUUUAGUACUUAUAACGGCUGAAACUGCAUUUGAUAUGUUAUCUUCUGGAAAAAGUAUCAAACGUUUACGAUAUAAUCAACCUCAAGAUUUACGUGAAGGUGUUUCGUAUGCAUAUAACGUCGUUAGAGAGGGCUUUGGUGAAGCAGCUUCAAAUUUGGUUCAUGUAGCUUCUCACGAACAUGAACAAAAAGGUUACACUGGUGCGGUUGGUGGGAUUCUUCGUCAAAUUCCUCCUACAAUUAUCCAACCGAUAAUAAUAGCUUCCAACGCAACUAAUAACGUUUUGGGAGGAAUGCGGUGUCAAUUAGCACCGGACAUUCGACAAGAAGUGAUUGAUAAAUGGAAAAAGGAUGAAAGUAAAAAAUGAAAACAGAUUUUAUAACAUAUUUUUGUAUGUGAUUUACAAUUAGCGUAACUGUAAGAAUAUCGAUUUCGCUCUAAGUUGAAUUGAAUUUUCCCGAAUAUUGCUCGGUUUACAGAAUUGUUGUUUUUUUUUGCAUCUACCUAAUUUUUACUUAUUAUUAUUAUUAUUGAGUGUUUUGUUUAAAUAUGUUUAAGGAAUACUUAGCGUUUCUAGCGGACCAUUUCGAACUUAUUUAUUUUUAAUUGUGAUAUCUUGUAGACGAAUAUAAGUGUAUUUUUUAUGUGCGACUUAUUGCUGUGCAAUUAAAUAAAAAACUGUUUAUAAAUCACA